AUGGCGGCGCUGGGGCCUGGCGGCCGCUGUGCUCCGGCGCUGCCGCUGCUGCUUGGCCUGGCCGCGCUCGCCCUCUCGCCGUCGCUCGCCGCCGCCUCCGAGCCGCCGCCCGCCGCCCUCCGCGCUGGCCACGCCGCCUCCUCUCUGCCCGCCGCCGCUGCUGCCUCGCGCACCAGAUACCUUUUGUAUGAUGUAAACCCCCCUGAAGGGUUCAACCUUCGCAGAGAUGUCUACGUUCGCAUUGCUUCCCUUCUAAAGACCCUGCGGAAAAGUGAAAACUGGGUGUUGGUUCUGCCUCCCUGGGGACGUCUUUAUCACUGGCAGAGCCCUGAUAUCCUCCAGGUUCGGAUUGCUUGGUCCGAGUUCUUUGAUAUCCCGAGCCUCAACAAGAACAUCCCUGUCAUCGAAUAUGAACAGUUCCUUGCAGAGUCAGGUGGGCCCUUUAUUGAACAGGUUUAUGUGCUACAAGGCUAUGCAGAAGGAUGGAAAGAAGGAACAUGGCAAGAAAAAAUAGAUGAAAAACCAUGCAUUGAUCAGCUGAUGUACUCCAGAGACAAACAUGGCUACUACAGGGGCUGGUUCUGGGGUUAUGAGGAAACACGAGGCCUAAAUGCCUCUUGCUUGUCUGUCCAAGGAUCUGCCUCUAUUGUGGCUCCCAUCCUUCUGAAGAACACUUCAGCACAGUCAGUGAUGUUAGACAGAGCUGAAAACCUUCUUCAUGACCACUACGGAGGGAAAGAUUAUUGGAAUACCCGUCGGAGCAUGGUGUUUGCUAAACACCUCCGCGUGGUGGGAGACAAGUUUAGGAAGAAAUACCUUCAAUCCACUGAUGAGGCAGACAGGACUCAGUACAAGGAGGACUGGACACAGAUGAAGGUUAAGACAGGCACAGCUCUAGGUGGCCCAUACCUUGGGGUUCAUCUCAGAAGGAGAGACUUUGUUUGGGGUCACAGAGAAGACGUGCCUUCCCUGCAAGUAGCAGUAAAGAAAAUCCAUAGCCUAUUGGCAUCGCUUAAACUUGAAAGAGUUUUUGUAGCCACUGAUGCUGUUGAGGAAGAGGUUGAACUGCUCAAGAAACUGCUGCCUGAGAUGGUGAGGUUUGAACCCUCUCUGGAGGAGCUGAAACUCUUUAAGGAUGGGGGCUUAGCUGUGAUUGACCAGUGGAUUUGUGCACAUGCAAGAUAUUUUAUAGGCACCUCAGUUUCAACAUUUUCCUUCCGAAUCCAUGAGGAAAGGGAGAUCUUGGGAUUUGAUCCAAAAACAACUUACAACCGAUUUUGUGGUGAAACAGAGAAAAACUGUGAGCAGCCAGCUCACUGGAAAAUUGUAUAUUAAACACAGAGAAACACAAAGGUUUUGAUACUGUUAGAGUUCAAAAUUUUGAGGAAAAAUCAUGGGGAAUUACCUGCUUUGGAUUGAUGUAUGACCCAGUCCUGUAUUCUCAGUUCCCGCUCCCCUUCCAGUCGUGGGUAUGACGUGGGGUAGCUGUACUGCUCAGUGUCUCUGGACCUCACAGCAUUUCUAUGUGGCUGCUGCACCUGGGUCCCCAGUAUGUUCUGUGCUUGCUGCUAUGUGGUCCCACAUGCACCGAAUGGGUUGCUACAGACCACAGGGGCCUCUUGGCUUCAGAGCUGUGAUGGGAAGCAGCAAAGCGAUGCCCAGGAUGCGGCAGUUCAACCCAUCCUCGCCUACUGGAGCAUUUCUUACCUGUCCAUGGUUCUCUCUGUGGGUCUGUGGUCAUUUAACUGCAGGGCUGGGGGUCCUGGCCAUGUCACCAGGAGUGCUCACCCUGGGAGCGCUAGUCUCAACCCAGGGAGGAACUAAGCUGCCAGUGGAUUAAAAAUGGGGGGAGCUGCUUCCACUCUAAGGGCCUGCAGGGCCCAUCUCUUGGGGAUUCAUCUUUCAUGUGAAGGCACAUUGCCUGAUGAAGAAAGAGACUGGUACCUGGUGGAGCAGGGCCAAUAUAUGCUCUAAGAUAAAAAGAGCAGUUCAAUGUAUGAAGGAGGGUGCAACACACAGUAUCAUUUUCCCAUUGAACCUUGGCAACAGGAAAAGCUUCCCUCUGCCCCAGGAGCUGCAAGGAAUUUGGGCCAGUAAAUGAAAUCUGAGAACUGAAUUUCUCGGGCAGGUCCCUUGACUUUGCUCUUCUUAAUGGCAAAUCCGGCGUCCAGGAGAAUAUGAAUUAUCUUCUCUCCUUUCUUGAACACUUCUAUUGCCGUGUUCCCCAAACAAUGAUAUCAUCAAUAUAUUGUAAAUGUUCUGGAGCCUCACCCUCUUCUAGUGCAGCCUGGAUCAGUCCAUGACAGAUGGUAGGACUGUGUUUCCACCCCUGGGGCAGUCGGUUCCAGGUAUACUGCACUCCCCUCCAUGUAAAAGCAAACUGAGGCCUGCAUUCUGCGGCCAGAGGGAUGGAGAAAAACGUGUUAGCUAUAUCAAUGGUCGCGUACCACUUUGCUGCCUUGGACUCCAGCUCGUAUUGCAGUUCCAGUAUGUCUGGUACAGCUGCACUCAGUGGUGGAGUCACUUCAUUCAAGGCACGAUAGUCCACAGUCAAUCUCCAUUCUCCGUCAGAUUUUCGCACGGGCCAGAUAGGGCUGUUAAAGGGUGAGUGGGUUUUACUGACCACCCCUUGGCUCUCCAGCUCUCGGAUCAUCUUGUGGAUGGGGAUCACGGCAUCUCGAUUCGUCCGGUACUGCCUGCGGUGCACUGAUGAGGUGGCAAUUGGCACUCGCUGCUCCUCUACCUUCAAGAGUCCUACUGCAGAUGGGUUCUCUGAUAGUCCAGACAAGGUAUUCAAUUAUUUAAUACCCUCUAUCUCCACUGCAGCUAUUCCAAAAGCCCACCUGAAUCCCUUAGGAUCUUUGUAAUAGCCAUUCCGGAGGAAGUCUAUGCCCAAAAUACAUGGAGCCUCAGAACCCAAAACCUACCCUGGGACCUCAAAUCCCCUUAAACCUGCCCAUCCCUGCAAUCCUUGGGGUACCCUCUGAGCCCCCCAAACCUCAGGGACCCCAAAUAUCCCCCCUAAAAUCCCAGCCUAGCCCCCAUCCACCUGGUUUGGGAUACCUCCAGUUUUGGGGUCUCCUCAACCUCUUUUUCCCUAGACAGUCUGGUGCUCAGUUUGGUGGGGAAUAUUUUUGUUACUGAACUUUCAAAGAAAGUUAACGAUGCAAAUUGUGGACAGGACAGAAAAUUGCUUUGACGUCUCUAAGGACCCUAUAAGCAGCAGUACAUCUGAUAAUUAGGAAAUCACAUUAAAAUCCCAAAUUAAAGAUGAAGCCUUCUUUGAUAGUCAGGGUCUGCACACUGUUACUAAAACAGUGUGGUUUUAGUAAAGCAAAGUUCCAGGAAAAGUAUAGCACACUUACAUAGUAAUCGGAAACUGGAUAUGUUUAGAGAGUGCCUCUGGAAGAGGGUGAUUAAAUCAUUUGUCUGAGGUGGAGGCCCAAGGCUUCUGGAGGCCACAAAUGUUUUUAAUGGUGAGUGACCAGAGAAAACUGUGGUUUUAAACUCAGCAUGCUGCCUAUUGAGCAGGAGGUUGCAUCCAUUAGAGAGGAGUGAUUUGCUUAGGAUCGAGACCCCAACCAUAGAUCAUGGGACAGAGAGUGUACAGAAGGCAGUGUUUUUGCAACUGAUGAAUGACAGAUAUUCCAGGACAGCCCUCACCUACAUCAUUGGUUAACCAAGUAUGUGGCUGCCAUGGUUAGAGUUUUGCUGGAUGUGAUAAAACACUGCAGCAUAAUUUCAGAAUCACUUGAAGCAAGUGUUAACCCCACAGAGAGAAAGACAAGGGAAAAGACCCUUAUCGUGGGGAAAGAGAUUUCAGGGCUAAUUAGCUAUGGCAGAAGGAUUGGUUUCACUUAACAAUUAGUAAACAGAACAACAAUCAGGAUAUUGGAAUUGCACCAAGGAAGCAGACUGCCCAAAAGGGAGCAGCAGGGUCCCAGUGCAUGAUGAAUGCAGUUUGAGUGAAAGGCUUGCAGAAAGGAAUUUUUUGGGAAGUGAUAAAUUAUCCACUGCUGUUCUAGAGAAUGUAGUACUUGGGGAAAAGGAAAGUUGCACUCUUUUGCCACAAGCAGGAUAAAGAUGUUGAUGUGGGAGUUGGAACUCCUGGGAGACCUAUCAUUACUAUGGCCUCACAGGCCAAUGUUGUUAAUUUGAGUCUUAGAACAACUUUUGGCAUCCUCAGUGAGCUGGGGGCUGGCAGCUGCAAAUAUUUAAGGAAGCUCACCAAAAGUAAGACUUACAUAGAAAAUGAGGUAUCAAAGUUACCACUGGCUUCUGAGAUGGAGACAGGAGAAAAGAGUAGAAUCCAAGUGGAUAAACUUAUGACUGAGAAAGACCAUCUUAAGACCCUACUUGCUUUAGCAGAGUGUAAGGAAAGACAAUUAUUUUAGAAUUUGAAUAGGGAAAUUAUAGAAGAAAGAAACAAGACCUGAGAGAAGAAACCUUAUUUAUCCCUGUUACUGAGAAAUUAACAAUUGCAGAAACAAUUCCAGGAAGAAAAGGAGAAGAGAUGAAAACUGACAGAAACAGCAAAGGUGAUGCUUAAGCAAGAUACAAAUUCACCUUGUAUUGUGCAGAGUCCAUUCAGGUGGCUGAUUUACAAAAGCAUUCCAUGCACAAGCCAAGUGAAACUGAAAUGCAACAAGUGGAACCCUAUCAAUACGUACUAAUGACCCACACAUCCAGAUUCCAGUUGGUUCUUGUCAAUGAUUAAUUACAUUUCUAAUAGAUACAGGAACACAGCAUUCAGUACUAAUGAAGCAGGAUGCCAAGAAGCUGGGUGUAUGACCCAGAUGCUGAGAGUUAAAAUCACUUUAGUAAAUGGAGCACAUGUUAUCUGUCAAGCUGCUACGGUUAAUUUAUGGAUCCUGGAUUAGAAGUGGAUAUUGGCUACUUGCUUUGCAAUCAAAGAUCACAAUGACAAUCUUUAGGGUUUUGAUGUUCUGAACAUUUAAAUCUGUUGUCUGCCUGAUGUCAGCGAGUCAAUGGUAAUGUUUGAACAUUAGCCCAAAACCCUAAAAGGAAUCCAGAGACUGUGCUGACUCCACAUUGCACCUGCACUCCCUGAUCCAAGGACUGCUAGUGUGUCCCCAUGCUGGAUUUUUGCUGCAGGGAGAAGUGGAAUUUCUGAAGUUCUGGCCAAUGUGGCCCCAUUAAGAAUUGAAAUACCCAAUUACUGCAAACCUAACAGCCACAAUAUAAGCACCCACGUGCAUGCCCAUUGAUGAGGUGGUGACAGAUUAAAAGAAAAAAGGUACUAUCACUCAGCCACACUCCUAUCUCUACUGUCAGAGACAGUGGCCAGUGAUAAUUUUAACACUCCAGCUGUUGCAGAAUUUUGUUCAGACAUGGCUUAUAGAAAGGCCAUGAUUACAUACAGCUGGUUAAAAAGUAAAAGGCAGCUGUAAGCAGCAAGUUCUCAGGCUUUUUCCUUAAAAACAAUAAAUACCAUGUCCUUGAGUAAAGUGAUGAGAAAGGCAUGGUGAAAAACAUGGAGUCCUUGAAAGGGUAUUCAAUAACAAGUCAACAGCAGGAUGAGAAAAACAAAUAUUAGCCUCAACAAGGAACCACAGGUAUUGACAGCAAAGAAGGGGUUGAUGUGUAAUCUGUAACCAAUGAUGAGCUCAGGUUUUGCAAUAUGUAUGAACUUAAUUAACACUACUAUAAAAGUGUGUAAGCUAGAUCAAUAAAUCGGAGUUCGAUGCUGAUCAAUCAGGA